AUGCAGUUAUCGACAGAGGGGGUAGGCGCCGCGGAGGUGGAGUACUAUCGUGACUUAGGCCUAGCCCGACGAGUUUUGCUGUGGUACUCUGGUGACACGGUUUGGCAUGAGGCACUCCUAGGACUCAUAGCAAAUGAUGAAUGCGCAUACAUCUAUACUCCUGACCAUGACCUUUACCUAGAGCGUGUGAGCUGCAAGUGCUCAGAGGGUCCAGUGAAGCUGAAGGGAUUGACUGCACGAAUGGGCCUUCCACGCAAUUUGCGUGCUAGGGCUUACAGGUUCCGUGAAGCGAUCACCAAUGAUGUCAUCAAGAAGGUCUUCCGUGAUUCAGUGAAGCUUGCUCGAAAGAAAGGUUUUGAGGUUCAUGUGGCGGCUGAACCUUUGGGAGGUCUCACCUUGGGGCAAGAGGUCAGUCUCAACGCUGAAACUGAUGUGGAAUGCGGAGAUCGACAUGCGUUGAUGUUGCGUGGUGGUGACUGGGUGAAAGCUGAGAUGAUCCCAGCUUCUGAGGCCCCUGACUAUGCAGACAAAAGGAGGGCCCUUUUCAGAGCUGGCGUUCUGACCGGUGCCGGAAGCAGCAAGGACAAGGUCAAGGAUAACAGAGCUGACGAUGCUGAAGGAGAUGGAGAAGUCAGGACACUCUGGGUGGAUUUUGAUGAGCAUGGGGAAAGAUUCAAGCGUUGGCGUGAUGUUGUCAAGGAAUCCUUUACUCUUGUGUUUGAAGAUCGCCCACUAGAAGGUCCUUCAACAGCUUUACAUCUCAUCCAGCAUGCUGAGCGUCAUGGGGGCGAUCCACGCCUCUGGCUGCAACUCUGGUGCAGAAGCAAACACAUUGAACAGACUGAUCGCACUUACAAUGCGAUGAAAGUUUUGUGUGAUGCUUUGUACAUGUGUGGCACUUUUGACCAGGUCAACAUCCCUGCAUUGAUGUCCAUGGAAACCAUUUGCAGACGAAUCCAAGCAAUCGUGGAUGCAUACUCAAAUCCAAACAGACCUUCUUGGGAGAAUGCCAAGCUCUUCUCUGGCCAGGGCACUCCUGAGGACAUAGUGCAGAAGGUCCGCGAGUUGCGGGGCUCUCCUGCAGUUCAUGUGGAUGAUGGAGAUGGAUCUGAUGCGCUGCCCGUGAAGCCCAAGAGCCCCAAGAAAUCCAAAGAGGGCAAGGGCGGAGGGCAGCCUGUGGGUUGUUCAAGAGGCGUGAGACAGCGUCGCAACAGAAUUCGAAGGGUGAUUGAGAACAAGAAUGAGGUCAUCUUUGCGCUCAAUUGGAUGGCUGGCGCUCAUCACCUGGGCGACGAUGAUUUUUCUCCCUGCUCCUUGAUGGAUAGUGUGGUGCAGCGUGUGGAUGGUCUGGUUGAAGACCAGAAGCCCAGUGGCUGCAUCAUGCGAAAAGAGGAAUCGCUCAAGGCGAUUCUCAAGGGUGGCUCGCCAUAUGACAUGGCGACCAUCAAUGAUUCACUGGCCUCCUACCAGCCUGAGCUCGUCUCGGUGCCGGCAGACAUCAGAGGGUGUCCAGACCUUUCCACCCUUCUGCCACCGAGCGACCGUCAUUUUUUGGAGGAGAAGACAGAGCUGAUGAUCAAGGCAGAGGGUGAACGUGUGGAUCCAAGUCUCACACAGCCAUACUGGGAUCCAAAGUUGAAAUACAAUCGAAAAUCGUACUUCGCUUGGGAACCCAUAGCAGCGCAUGUGGUUGGAUUGACUGGUUUGGAGCUAGAGGGAAAGAUCAAUGAGACGUAUGUCGAAGCGCUUGGUUGUGUUUUGGAGGGUGAUCAGAUGCGGAGCCGAACAAAUCCCAAACGGUUGUGGCGAAUUCACCAUGCUAUCAAGGCACUCUUGAGGAACGGUCUCGCUUCAGAAGAUCUGGGAGUCAUGCGGCCAGAGAAAGCGCACUUUCUUCUGCAGGGUUUCACUUUGAUGGACAGAGCUGGGGACCCUUUAGCCCAGACGCAGCAAAAAGAAUUGCUGAGGACUCGCCUGCUGAAUGGGGGAGACUUUUUGACCAAGAGAGUGGUGGACAAAGUCAUCAGUCCUCUGAAGUUGAUAGAAGCUGCAGAGUUGAAUCCUGUGGCCCAUCUUCUGUCCCAUGCUGCGGAGACGGGGGAGGUGAGCGACAGCGGAAGCACCUCAUCAGAAUGGAAGGAAGAAAAAGGCGCAAAGAAGCGUCGACCAGAGUUUUUUGGAACUGGCCAGCGUCAGCCGACGCGUCAGGGAAACUACGACAAGAAGUGGCAGGAGCUGGAAGAGUUGGCGAGGCCCAAACGAGUGUCCUUCACAAACCCUGGCCAAGUGGAUCGCAUGCUUGUCGACCUCUUCAAUGCGAAGUACUUCGAGGGGGAGGGGAGCCACUAUGGGGACUAUGUGAUGGCCUCUCUGAUGGACAGAAAGCCGGAUUUUGGGAAGCUUGAUCACUUGAAGCUGUCGAGAGCGUGGCGAAGCAUGAAAUGCUGGAGAAAGCUGUGCCCAUCUCGCUCGAGGCUUGCUUACCCAUUAGCAGUGUGGUGUGGCAUCAGCUGGAGAAUGGUGGAGUUGGGUCACGUGCAGAAAGCAGUCUUCAAUUUGAUCCAACUGUCAACCUAUCACAGGCCUGGUGCCCUCUUGAAACUGAGGAAAAUGGGCCUGGUGCCUCCCACAUCGGGAGUCACCGGUUUUUGGAGCAUUGUGACCAGUUUGACGGAGACAUCAGAUGUCUCAAAGACUGGCAGCAAGGACCCUCCUGGACUCAAAGUGGCUUCAGUUCCUGACGCCAAUUCUCAGAGUGCUUUGCAGAGGGCCCAAGAUGGAUCUGGUGUGGAAUUUCAACUAUGCGGAAUACAUGACAGUGUUCCGACAAGCUUGCGACGAUCUGAAGGUGGGGCACAUUGUCCCAUAUCAGGCGAGGCACUCUGGACCAUCGAUAGACAGGGCUUCAAAGGACAGAGACAUGGAAGAAGUUCGAAAGCGAGGGCAAUGGAUGACCAGAACGAGUGUACAGCGAUACGAGAAGGCGGGCAGACUUGCAGCGACAUGGCAUCGUCUGGCUCACAGUGUUCAGAUGGCUUGCAAGUCCGCAGAGAAGUAUCUAGAGGAGAUCAUCCUAG